UGUCCUAUAAAUGGAACGACUGGCUUCUUUCACUUAGUGCAAUGCCUUUGAAAUUAAUCUAAAUUGUGUCCGUCAGUCUUUCAUUCCUUAUUAUUGCCGAGUAGUAUUUCAUUUUAUGGAUUAUCACAGUUUAUUUAUUCAUUCACACCUCUGAAGAAUAUUUGGGUAGUUUCCAGUUUUUGUGACUAUGAAUAGAACUACUAUAAAGGUUCAUUUACAGGUUUUUUUUUAAAUUUUUUAUUCUACUUUAGAUGAAGGUUUACAGAACAAACUAGUUUCUCAUUAAACAGUCAGUACACAUGUUGUUCUAUGACAUUGGUUAACAACUGCACGACACGUCAACACUCUCCCUUCUCAACCUUGGGUUCCCUAUUACCGGCUUUCCUGUUCUCUCCUGCCUCCUAGUCCCUGUGCCUGGGGUAGAGUGCUCCUUUAGUCUCGUUUUGUUUUAUGGACCUGUCCAAUCUUUGGCUGAAGGGUGAACUUCAGGAGUGACCUCAUUACUGAGCUCAAAGGGUGUCCAGGGGCCGUACCCUCAGGGUUUCUCCAAUCUCUGUCAGGCCAGCAACUCUGGUCUUUCUUUCUGAGUUAGAAUUUUGUUCUACAUUUUUCUCCAGCUCUGUUCAGGACCCUCUAUUGUGAUCCUUGUCAGAGCAAUCAGUGAUGGUAGCUGGGCACUAUCUGGUUGUUUAUGUACAGGUUUUUGUGUGAAAAGAGGUUUUUAUUUCUUUAGGGUAAAUGCCUAGGAGUGGGAUUAUUGGGUCAUAUUUUCUUUUUAUGGUAAGUGUAUGUUUAUAAGAAACUGCCAACCUAUUUUCCAGAGUGGCUGUACCAUUUUGUAUUCCCACAGGGAAUGUUUGAGAGUUUCGGUCACUCCACAUUCUAGUGAGCACUUGGUAUUGUCAUUAGUUUCUAUUUUAGCCACUCUGUUAGCUAAUCUAUCUCAUCAUUGUUUUAAUUUGCAUUCCUUUAACGGCUAAUGAUGUUGAACAUCUUUUCACAUUUUUAUUUGCCUUUCAUCUCAUCUGUCUUCUUUGGUGAAGUAUCUGUUCAGAUCUUUGGCCUAUUUUUCAAUUCAGUUGUUGUUUCCUUACUGUUGAGUUUUGAGAGUUCAUUGUAUAUUCUGAAUAUAGAUCCUUUUUUGGGUAUGUGAUUUGCUUGUUUUCUUAUGCAGAGCAAAAGUUUUAAAUUUUGAGUGAAGCCUAGUUUAUCAUUUUUUAAAUCAUGUGUUGGGUAUCAUGCCUAAGAACUCUUUGCCUAACCCUGGAUUAGACUUUUAAUUAUGAAUUCAGUUUAUUUAAUAGUUAUGGGAAUAUUCAGAUUAUCUUUUUAAUCUUGGACGACUUUUGGUAGUUAUUAAUUAAUUAAUUAUAAAGUGUAUUUUGAAGACCAGGUUUUGCUACUAACCAGCUGUGUGACCUUGAGAAGGGUACUUUAACCGUAAAUUCUCUGGUUCUUAUUUUAUCUGAAAAAUUAAAGAGUUAGAGUUGCUGAUUUUUUAAGAGUUCUCCAGUUUUUAAUUUUUUAAAUUCGGGUAGGGUAAGAGUGUAUGUGUUCAAAGUUUAUAUGAAAGUAUUGUGAGCCUCUGUUUCUUGUUUCUUCUGUGAUCUAUUGAGCAUUGAUUUACUUAGAUUUACUCUGCCUUUUAACAGAUAAGUUUGGUAUUUUCUUCUUAUAAAUGAAUUAUUUGUUGAUGAAAAGAUAUGCUUAGAGGCAAACCUGUUUAUGCAUCUGUAACACAACGUGCUUAUGGUGUGUGAAAAUUUACUUCCAUAAGCUAUUUAUGUAAGAAAAUGUAAGACCAACCAUGUAUAAGGUUUUAAUGUUACACUUUUUGGAAAAAAAUUAAAUUCCUAGUUUAGAAUUUUGGAAAUGUUAGAAAAUGCUUUUCUUUUUUGGUGAUUAUCCUUCUGAGUGUUUAUGAUUUAAAAAGUCAUUCGUUUUUGGUUACUUAAUAGAGACAGUGUCUAUAUAAGUUUUUUAUGUAAAAUUCGUUUCUACAGAGUGAUAUACUGCUGUGUGUCCUGUCCAUUUACUGGGUUAAAGCAAAGUGAAAGUAUCAUACAGAUCUGGUGCUGAGGAAACAUUGAGAUGCAGGCUGCAGCUGGAGGAUUUUACGUAGGCACCUGUGGGUUUGAGUGCGUUCAGUAUACAGACUGCAGUAGGAGGCUGGCAGUGACUCUGCUGACUCCAGUGCACUCCUUCACUGCUGUUCUGCUGAUUUCUCCACUGUCCAGAAGACAAACAAGAUGGUGCAGCAUGUACAGGGCUUGGGAAAAAAAUAAUCGUCAGUAUGAUCCAGAGAUGGAGGGAGCGAGGAACCACCGGAUCGAAGACAGUCAAGUGUAGACGGUCGCCAAAGCCGCUCUGGGCAAGGUGGCAUCUCCACAGAAAGCGACUGUGCUUUUGAGCCAGACUACGCCGUUCCACCACUUCCAGUGAGUGAAGGUAUGCAGCACAUUCGGAUUAUGGAGGGCAUGUCUCGCUCUCUUCCAUCCUCCCCCUUACUCACACAUCAGUCUAUCAGUGUUCGGCUCCAACCUGUGAAGAAGUUAACUGCCCCUCUGAGGAAGGCAAAGUUUGUUGAGAGCCCACGAAUUCCAGAAUCCGAGCUUGGCUCACCAACCCUCACUUCAGCUCAGAAACUGGACGUGGAUGCAUACUGCCCUGGCGAUGCUGAACAGGAACUUGGUCCCCCUCCGUCUGUAGAUGAGGCAGCAAACACACUCAUGACUCGUCUGGGUUUCCUCCUUGGAGAGAAAGUCACAGAAGUUCAGCCAGGUGACCAGUACAGCAUGGAAGUACAGGAUGAAAAUCAGACCUCAGCAAUCACCCAGCGGAUAAGUCCCUGUUCCACCCUGACUAGCAGCACUGCCUCUCCACCAGCCAGCAGCCCAUGUUCCACCCUCCCACCAGUCAGUACAAAUGCAGCUGCCAAGGAUUGUAGCUAUGGGGCUGUCACUAGUCCAACCUCCACCCUUGAAAGCAGAGAUAGCGGCAUAAUUGCUACAUUGACAAGCUAUUCUGAGAACAUGGAACGCACAAAAUAUGUUGGGGAAAGCAGUAAAGAAUUAGGAUCUGGAGGAAACCUGAAACCCUGGCAGUCUCAAAAAUCAAGCAUGGACUCCUGUUUAUAUCGAGUAGAUGAAAACAUGAUGGCUUCCACCUAUAGUCUGAAUAAAAUCCCAGACAGGAAUUUGGAAACAGUUUUGUCCCAAUCAGUACAGUCUAUUCCACUAUAUCUUAUGCCACGGCCAAAUUCAGUAGCAGCCACCAGCUCUGCCCACUUGGAAGACCUUGCUUACCUGGAUGAGCAGAGACACACACCUUUGAGAACUUCUCUUCGAAUGCCAAGACAGAGCAUGGGCGGUGCUCGUACACAACAGGAUUUAAGAGUUCGCUUUGCACCUUAUAGGCCUCCAGAUAUCUCUCUGAAGCCUCUGCUCUUUGAAGUGCCCAGCAUCACUACAGAGUCCGUGUUUGUUGGCCGGGAUUGGGUUUUCCACGAAAUAGAUGCUCAACUGCAAAGUUCAAAUGCCAGUGUAAACCAAGGAGUAGUGAUUGUGGGAAAUAUUGGGUUCGGCAAAACUGCCAUUAUCUCCAGGCUGGUGGCCCUCAGUUGCCACGGCACACGGAUGAGACAGAUCGCCUCAGACAGCCCACAUGCCUCCCCCAAACAUGUCGAUGCCAACAGAGAGCUGCCACUUACUCAGCCACCUUCAGCCCACUCAUCUAUCACCAGUGGAAGCUGCCCAGGAACCCCAGAAAUGCGCAGGCGGCAGGAAGAAGCUAUGCGGAGACUAGCCUCGCAGGUGGUUGCCUAUCACUAUUGCCAAGCAGAUAAUGCCUACACCUGCCUGGUGCCAGAAUUUGUCCACAAUGUUGCUGCCCUGCUCUGCCGCUCACCUCAGCUGACAGCCUAUCGGGAGCAGCUUCUUCGAGAGCCUCACCUGCAGGGCAUGCUGAGCCUUCGGUCCUGUGUUCAAGACCCCAUGGCCUCCUUCCGGAGGGGAGUCCUAGAGCCCCUGGAGAAUCUCCACCAAGAGAGAAAAAUCCCAGAUGAAGAUUUCAUCAUCUUAAUUGAUGGAUUAAAUGAAGCAGAAUUUCACAAACCGGAUUAUGGGGAUACAAUUGUAUCAUUUCUGAGUAAAAUGAUUGGAAAAUUUCCUUCUUGGCUCAAACUAAUUGUAACAGUUAGGACCAGUUUACAGGAAAUUACCAAGCUGCUGCCUUUCCAUAGGAUUUUUUUGGAUCGACUAGAAGAGAAUGAAGCCAUAGACCAGGACCUGCAGGCUUAUAUCCUGCACCGGAUACACAGCAGCUCAGAGAUCCAGAAUAACAUUUCACUUAAUGGCAAAAUGGACAACACAACAUUUGGCAAACUCAGUUCUCAUCUCAAGACCCUCAGUCAAGGGUCCUAUCUAUACCUGAAACUCACAUUUGACCUCAUAGAAAAAGGCUAUCUAGUGUUAAAGAGCUCUAGCUACAAAGUAGUUCCUGUUUCGCUCUCUGAGGUUUAUUUACUCCAGUGCAAUAUGAAGUUCCCAACCCAAUCUUCCUUUGACCGGGUGAUGCCUCUCCUGAAUGUGGCAGUGGCCUCUCUCCACCCACUGACUGAUGAACAUAUCUUCCAGGCCAUCAAUGCUGGUAGCAUUGAAGGCACACUAGAAUGGGAGGAUUUUCAGCAGAGAAUGGAAAACCUCUCCAUGUUUCUAAUCAAGCGCAGAGACAUGACUCGUAUGUUUGUACACCCUUCUUUUCGAGAAUGGCUUAUCUGGAGAGAAGAAGGAGAGAAAACCAAAUUUCUCUGUGACCCCAGGAGUGGUCACACAUUACUUGCCUUCUGGUUUUCCCGCCAAGAGGGAAAGCUAAACCGACAGCAGACUAUUGAACUGGGACAUCACAUCCUCAAAGCACACAUUUUUAAGGGUUUAAGUAAAAAAGUUGGUGUAUCAUCCUCCAUCCUCCAAGGUCUCUGGAUCUCCUAUAGCACGGAAGGGCUUUCCAUGGCAUUGGCAUCUUUACGAAAUCUCUACACUCCAAAUAUAAAGGUCAGCCGAUUGCUGAUUUUAGGAGGUGCCAACAUUAAUUACCGGACCGAGGUUUUAAAUAAUGCCCCAAUUUUAUGUGUCCAGUCUCAUCUUGGUUACACAGAAAUGGUGGCCCUCCUGUUGGAGUUUGGUGCCAAUGUGGAUGCCUCUUCCGAAAGUGGCCUGACUCCUCUGGGGUAUGCUGCAGCAGCAGGAUACCUGAGUAUCGUUGUGCUGCUGUGCAAGAAACGGGCCAAGGUGGAUCACUUGGACAAGAAUGGGCAGUGUGCUUUAGUCCAUGCUGCACUUCGAGGUCAUCUGGAGGUUGUCAAGUUUUUGAUUCAAUGUGACUGGACUAUGGCCGGCCAGCAGCAAGGAGUGUUUAAGAAGAGCCAAGCCAUCCAGCAGGCCCUCAUUGCUGCAGCCAGCAUGGGUUACACUGAGAUUGUCUCCUACCUACUUGAUCUUCCAGAAAAAGAUGAAGAGGAAGUGGAGCGAGCACAGAUCAACAGCUUUGACAGUCUCUGGGGAGAGACAGCCCUGACAGCUGCAGCCGGAAGGGGCAAACUGGAGGUGUGCCGUCUGCUCUUGGAACAAGGAGCAGCAGUGGCCCAGCCAAACCGCCGAGGUGCAGUGCCUCUCUUCAGCACUGUUCGCCAGGGCCACUGGCAGAUUGUUGAUCUUUUACUCACCCAUGGAGCUGAUGUCAACAUGGCAGAUAAGCAGGGACGUACUCCCUUGAUGAUGGCCGCAUCUGAAGGCCACCUAGGAACUGUGGACUUUCUACUUGCACAAGGUGCCUCCAUAGCUCUAAUGGACAAAGAAGGACUGACAGCCCUCAGCUGGGCUUGUCUGAAGGGUCAUCUCUCAGUGGUACGCUCUCUAGUGGAUAAUGGAGCAGCCACAGACCAUGCUGACAAAAAUGGCCGCACCCCACUGGAUCUGGCAGCUUUCUAUGGUGAUGCAGAGGUGGUCCAGUUCCUGGUGGAUCACGGGGCCAUGAUCGAGCACGUUGACUACAGUGGGAUGCGCCCUCUGGAUAGGGCAGUGGGGUGCCGGAACACUUCUGUUGUUGUCACCCUUCUGAAGAAAGGAGCCAAGAUAGGUCCAGCCACAUGGGCGAUGGCCACCUCCAAACCAGACAUCAUGAUCAUCCUGUUGAGCAAGCUGAUGGAAGAGGGGGACAUGUUUUAUAAGAAAGGUAAAGUAAAGGAAGCUGCCCAGCGCUACCAGUACGCUCUGAAGAAAUUCCCUAGAGAAGGGUUUGGUGAGGACUUGAAAACCUUCCGGGAACUAAAGGUGUCACUCCUCCUCAACCUCUCUCGAUGUCGCAGGAAAAUGAACGAUUUUGGAAUGGCGGAGGAAUUUGCUACUAAGGCCCUGGAGCUGAAACCGAAAUCUUAUGAAGCUUACUAUGCAAGAGCAAGGGCAAAACGCAGCAGCAGACAGUUUACAGCAGCCUUAGAGGACCUGAACGAGGCCAUCAAGCUAUGUCCAAACAACCGUGAGAUCCAGAGACUUCUGAUGAGAGUGGAGGAAGAGUGCAGACAGAUGCAACAGCAGCAGCAGCAGCAGCAGCCGCCGCCUCAGCAACAGCCUCAGCCGCAGUUACCAGAAGAAACAGAACCUGAACCACAGCAUGAAGAUAUAUACUCUGUACAAGAUAUAUUUGAGGAAGAAUACCUGGAGCAGGAUGUUGAAAAUGUUUCCAUUGGCCUUCAGACAGAGGCUCGGCCUAGUCAGGGGCUACCAAUAAUCCAGAGCCCACCCUCCUCUCCGGCCCAUCGGGAUUCCACCUAUAUCUCUAGCUCACCUCUUGGCUCUCAUCAGGUUUUUGACUUCCGAUCCAACAGUUCUGUAGGUUCUCCCACUAGACAAAGCUAUCAGUCCACCUCACCUGCUCUUUCUCCAACUCACCAGAACUCUCAUUACAGGCCUAGCCCGCCACAUACCUCCCCAGCUCAUCAGGGUGGAUCUUACCGUUUUAGCCCCCCUCCUGUGGGAGGGCAGGGCAAAGAAUAUCCAAGCCCUCCCCCUUCUCCUCUCCGUAGAGGCCCUCAGUAUCGAGCCAGCCCUCCAGCUGAAAGCAUGAGUGUCUACAGGUCCCAGUCUGGUUCACCGGUGCGAUAUCAGCAAGAAACAAGUGUUAGUCAGCUUCCUGGCAGACCAAAAUCUCCAUUAUCCAAAAUGGCCCAGCGACCCUACCAGAUGCCACAGCUUCCUGUAGCAGUUCCCCAGCAAGGGCUCAGGCUACAGCCUGCCAAGGCCCAGAUUGUACGAAGCAACCAGCCCAGCUCAGCAGUUCAUUCAAGCACUGUCAUCCCCACAGGAGCCUAUGGCCAAGUAGCCCAUUCAAUGGCUAGUAAAUACCAGUCUUCACAAGGAGACAUAGGAGUAAGUCAGAGCCGGUUAGUUUAUCAGGGGUCAAUUGGGGGAAUUGUAGGUGAUGGGAGACCUGUGCAGCAUGUCCAAGCCAGCCUGAGUGCAGGUGCCAUCUGUCAGCAUGGAGGGUUGACCAAAGAAGAUCUUCCACAGCGACCUUCCUCAGCAUAUCGAGGUGGCAUGAGAUACAGCCAGACACCACAGAUUGGGCGUAGCCAAUCAGCAUCCUAUUACCCAGUCUGUCAUUCAAAACUAGAUCUGGAACGUUCCUCCAGCCAACUAGGUUCCCCUGAUGUGUCACAUUUAAUCAGAAGACCUAUUAGUGUCAACCCUAAUGAAAUCAAACCCCACCCACCAACUCCCAGACCAUUGCUACACUCCCAAAGUGUAGGCCUUCGCUUCUCUCCAUCUAGCAAUAGUAUCUCAUCCACCUCCAACCUAACUCCUACCUUUCGGCCAUCUUCCUCUAUUCAGCAAAUGGAGAUCCCACUAAAACCGGCAUAUGAUAGGUCAUGUGAUGAGCUGUCACCAGUGUCUCCCACUCAGGGAGGUUACCCCAGUGAGCCCACGCGAUCCAGGACCACACCAUUCAUGGGGAUCAUAGAUAAAACAGCACGGACUCAACAGUACCCCCACCUUCACCAGCAGAAUCGGACCUGGGCAGUGUCAUCAGUGGAUACCGUUAUCAGCCCUACAUCACCAGGCAACCUGCCUCAGCCUGAGUCCUUCAGUCCACCAUCAUCCAUCAGCAACAUUGCCUUUUAUAACAAAACCAACAAUGCACAGAAUGGCCAUUUGUUGGAGGACGAUUAUUACAGCCCCCAUGGGAUGCUGGCUAACGGGUCCCGGGGAGACCUCUUGGAGAGAGUCAGCCAGGCCUCCUCAUAUCCUGAUGUGAAGGUGGCUCGGACCCUACCUGUGGCUCAGGCAUACCAGGACAAUCUGUACAGGCAGUUGUCCCGGGACGCUCGACAAGGGCAGACCUCUCCUAUCAAACCAAAGAGACCAUUUGUGGAGUCUAAUGUUUAAAAGACGUUUGUUGGAGUGAGAUCCGUAUGUUUUCACUGCACAUUUUCAGGCUUGGUUUCCACAUUCAAGGUAGUUCUCUGGCUUAAUUUCUCAUGUAGUUUCUGUGUGGUGUUCAGAGGUGGCAGCCCACAUGCUGAAAUCCUUUGCAUGCAGCCGACUGGGAAGCUGGCCUCCAAGGAGCCAGGACUUCAGUUUCUGUUGUCUGUGCCCCAGCCACAUGCUCUCUCCCUCUCUUCAGAUGCCAACAAGGAGAUUUCCGUUCAGCGUGCUUUAACCCAGGGAGAUCAGACACACUGGUCAGCUUUUUCCAGGAGACAAUCGCUUUCACUGAUGUUCUUGUUGUGUAAAUGUCUUCUCCUUUAAAAAAACAAAAAAUAUAAGGUGUUGUUUGUUUUCUUCUAGGAACUUUAGAAAGAGUGUGAUUCCCCCUGCCUUCUCAUUCUUACCCAGUGUUAUCCAAAUAGCCAGCCCCAGUGCAUACUUGUGCCAGUGGUCUUCUCCUCCGGACUGCCAGCUCCCACAGCCAUCAGGUCUAGAAUGUUCACUUAAAUCACUGCUGGUCUUCAUAGAGGGGUAAAAGAGUAGAGGAGUGAGAGAGGAAGUAAGUCUGUUAAAUCAGAAGAAAAAAAAAAAAAAUAUAUAUAUAUAUAUAGUUCUUUGAAAUGUCACUCCAUUGAUUUCUCAAGAGGCGUUUUAGAAAGAUUUAGAAAACAGCUAGCUCUUUAAAUAUUUCAGUCAACCAGGGAAAUUGGAUGAGAACUGUAUAUUUUUAAAAAGAAUUCACUGAGAAUUAUUCUCUAGGUUUUUAGCCAAUAAUUAACCACUAAAAGCCACUCAUUUUCCCAGGUUGCAGGAAGGGAUAAAUAAAUACAUAGAAAGAUUGUUCUGGAUUCUCAGUGAAAAGGCAGUAGAAAAUCUUAAAGGAACCUGUUUUUUAGAUCCUGAGGCAUCCUCGAGCAUCGUAUUCCACAAAAAGCAAAUUCUUCCCAAAGGUUGACUGGUGCGGUAAUCCUAUUAGUUGAUCUUUACCUAGAGCCAGACUUGGUUCUACUGGCCCUCUUUUUUAAACUCAUAUGAUAUAUAGUGAAGAAAUUGGUUCUUUGGGAAGCAUAUUGGAUUCUCUUGGAACAUAAGACCGAUUCCCAGGGUUUCCACCCAGGAUCGUUCCCUUCCAUCCCAGAUAUUGUCUAAUUCCAUUAGAGAGCUAUAGUUUCAUUAUCUGCUAUUACAAGAAUCAUUUCUUUUUUUUUUUUUUUUUCCUUUUCUAAGAGUGUUUGUUUGGGGGAUGAUAUUUGAAAACCAAACACAGCAAAAAGUGUUUCAGGGUGAAGGAAGACCACUUCCCACCCUGUUUUCCAGCCCUGGGCAGGAGUAUGUGAGAUAGAUAGGCUUUCUGGUCCAGUUACUCUCUACGCAUUUUCUCCAUCUUGUGGUCAUUUGCAAACCCUACCUUUGAGUAAUGGAGGCCAGCAUUAGAUGAAUGGCAAGAACACAAAAACCAAAGCCUCACACAGGCCUGGUACUGAGUCAUGUCACUUUUAAAACUAAGUAACCUAGCCAAGCAAACUAAACAGCAGAGAAUCCGUUCUCUCUUAUUAGGAAUCAUUCUGUUAAUAAAGGGCUGCAGGAAGAGCAGGUUUCUGAAUAAAAAUCCAAAUGUGACCAGACCUGUUUGUAAUAGGAAAUGUCCUCUGAAAGGAUCCUAAGAUGUGGGAGCAUGAAGCUGAGGUUGGGAACAUUUCUAAUUUUGAUUGUGCCAAAUAGAUGGACCCCUGUGCCCCCAGGCCUGAAACAGGACUUGUCUCUGUGUGCUGGGAACAAACAGCUGUGCUGACUCAAGGCCCAGACUCUUCUCGCUCUCUCUGAUCCUUAAGGACUGUCUUGUACUCAGCUAGACCCAGAGGGUGGCCAUCAAUGUUUGUCCUUCUCCCUCCCUCACUUUUCUCUCUCCCUCCUCCCAACCAAAGGUGAAAUGUACAGCUGUAGUAUCAGCCUCUAGCCAGGACCCAGCAGCCUUUCAGCUCUUCUUUUGGCCAGGGCUCAGCCCUGUUGAUCUCUUUUCAUCUUGUCACUUUUUAACUGCUUUCUCUUACUGAGGAGCUGCUGUAUUUUCAAGAAUUGCUCAUUUCUCUUAGAAAAGUGCCCCUGCUUAUUUGGAACACCACACAUACCACCUGCAUUCACCUGUCUAGGUAGGUGAGCAGGUUGUGCAAUUUUGCAAGUAUGCACUGAUACUGUUCUUCCCAGGGGUCUCUCUCUUUGUUUUCUAGAACAAACAGGAGACUUAGGGUCUGUGCCCUACUGGGCAAAACACCUAAAAUGUCAACAGUCAGAAUGCAAUUCUUUUUUAGCCAUUGUACGAGGGAGGAAUAACACUAUUGGGCGCCAGUUGUUUUUGAACAGAAAAUGUCAACUGAACCCUUAUUUGGGCAGGAGGCAAAUUUUUCUUUGUAAGCAGACUGCUUGCACCCUGUUCUGCUAGUGCACUGCCAUGGUGUGAUCUCAGUACUGCCUUUUAGAGCUCCCCCUCCCCCAGCAAUACUUUCUGAAUCAGUGUCUGGCUUCAGAUGGGGGAACAUUUUCAGUUGAAACUGGUAAGUUCCAUUCACCCAAUUCACAUCGCCCUGAAAUGGAGACAGUGGUGACAAACUUCAGCUUAUAGGUUUCUCACCAACCUGUGUGUUCUGUUUGCCCAGAAUUCUUGCACUAAUAGGUUUCCAUCACAUCAUGUCUAUAAAUGGGUGCACUUUACUGUUUGAAUUUAUAACUCUGAUAAAUACUGGAUAUUUAAGUGUGAGUAAUGUCUUCAUUAGAAAAUAGGCAGAACUGCUCUUGUCUUAGUGUAUUUUUCAAGAACAAAAAGAGGAAAAGAAAGAAAUCAAGCAGUGGAUCACAACAUUUAUAGCACAAGGAAUGACUUGUAUAUAAGCAUCGAAAAGAUUAAGAAUUUUUCAGUACAAAAAAAAAAUAUUUGCAGUGAUUUUAAAGUGCUUUUCCAGCAAUUUUCUUAGGGACUCCUGAGACAUGGUUACUUUAUUUACUGGAUCAGUAAGGUACACAAUUAACAAUUAAAAUUAAUAUUUAUUUACAAAGUAAAGGGAAAACCUGUGUAACAUGAGAAUUUGGCACGGACAAAAUGGAGACCAUUUUGUAUCUGCUGUUGUAUCUCAUCCGGGUUGCAGGCGUGCGCUAUUAAAGUCCCAAGUUAAUAGAGCACAAACCCUUCUUGUCCUCCUACGUGCCCCUCUUUUUAGAUAUGUUUAACUUACUCGAUGGCUCAGGAAAAUCCCACUAGUUAGAAUCAUGUACAGUACCCAGGUUGUUGUCCAGAUAUACAAGUUGCUAGUUAGUUAAGCCUGGAUUAUUAAACACUUUUCCUAAAUUAUUGUAAACAGAACAGCUUAGAGAAAGGUAUUCUCAGUCCUUAUAUUGUAUAGUAGUUUAUGAACCCCCUCUCUAAAGAUUGGUAUUUUUAUAUUUCAGAGAUGUACCCAAUAGAAAAAAUACCAGUAUCUAAUAUCCAUAAGUAUUUUUCCUUAGAAUUUAGUCAUGUACAGUGGGACAUGUGGAUGUCACCUGUGCUUCACCAUACUUUACCACUAGGUGUCACUGUGGCUCUGCACCAGGCUUCUCUGGUAGCAAAGAAUGGCAACAUCUCCUCUGGGGAGCCGCUUCCCAGGCAGCAGGCAGGCCCAUAGGCUCACAGAGUUCAGGAAGAAGGGGACAAAGGCCUAGAAGGAGUUUUCACUCAUCUGUGCCAGACAAGUGGCAAGACAAGCUAUUUGAACACUACCUGCUUUGAACCUUUAGCCAGGCAGAGGCUGGAAGGAGGUUGAUAGAAGUCCCUUGCUUUGGUAGAUGAAUGGGUAUAUAGAGGACCUCUUUCUUCCCCAUGAGCACCCCUCCUCAGCAAUUCUCACCUCCAACUCUUAAAAUUCCAGAGGUGUCACAGUUGGGAGGUUUGAUUCAAAGCCAGUUGCUCAGUGAGCCUUUGCCACAAAGUGGAAGAGAACCCCCAAUGGGCAGGAUAUGCCCACCCCUGUGCCCAGUCUCCUAUCGAGGCAUUCAGUGCUCAGCAGCCUCGACCACCCCAUUGUCUAUUCUUGGGCUGCCUGCUGCUCUUAUCCCAAGGGCUGUGCUGCCCUGUGACAUGCUCAUUGAGAGGUGUGGCUUGUUCUCCUUUUCCUCUAGGAAUUCCAUACCAUCUACCAUGACCAACAACAUUGAACAAAGGGCUUAGGGGUAAGAGCUACCUACAAAGACGUGUCAUGGAAACCUUCACCAUGCAAUGCCUUGAACUCAGCUCUGGCUGCUCCCAAGAAAAGGUGGCUGGCUAGGGGCCUGGACACAAGCACAAUGGGGCUGGUGGAGCCACUGUGCAGAGCUACUUGAAUAAUCACUGGGUCUUCAUCAACUCCUUUUAUAAUGCAGACCACUCAAGGGCUGAAGUGUUGGUAACCUUCAUUUCGGUGUCCAGUGCCUGACAGUAGCUGAACCACCGUGAGAUGCUUGUGGCCACGUGAUGGCCACAGUCAGAGCUUUGAAAGUACCAAAUGAAUGCACAAUUGGACACCAAAAAUCAAGUGUUCAUGUCUCCUCACCCAUAUCAUCUCAUUUCUUUCUGCCGACUCUGUGAUAUCCACACUAAGCUGAGCUGUCAGGUUUUAGCUGGGUGCCAACAAAAGCAGGCCAGCAUCGCUCUCAUUUUUCAGAUUGACCUACUCUGUGGAAAGGAAGUAACCUAGCUGCAUUGUUUUUGUAGCACUUGCUGGCUGAAUUUUUCUUUUGCUAAUCACAAGAAAAUCUGGUUAGGGGGACUCGGUCACUUCAGUCCCCAAGACCAGACAGUUAAUUCUGGAAAAUUCAGUACUUGAAUGUACCUGCCUUAUUGUGUCCCAGCUUAGCAGGGGGAGGGGGGCAGAUAGAAGUGCUGGCUGCAGACCUCCACUUCACCCACAGGCUAUUUUGGAAAUCCGGUCAGUUACAUUUCCUGUUCUGUUUGGUUGGGGUUUUGCUGUCCCCGCCGCCUACCUUUGGCUGAUUCCUGCUGAGUGGGGCCAGUUCCUUGUCAGGCUCAGGGCAGGUGCCAUUCUCAGGCAUGGCCUCCUUUCCAUUCUAGCACAGCAUCUUCGUCUCUGUUCUGUCUCCUCCAAAUCCAAGAUGAUUUUAAUUAGUACAGACAUGUACAGUCUAUACUUAAAAGAGUGAUUUGUACUAAUAUGAUUUUGAUUCUAACUCCUCUUUGCUGUCCUUUCAAGACACUUGCUGGAAAAAGCUUUAAUGCACUUAGUUUUCCUUUAGGUUUUCUAUAACUCAGAUGUAAAGGACUUUCUCUGUACAGUAUAUUAUCCAAUGCAUGUUUGUUCUCUAUCCUGAUAUAUUGAACACCACACAGUUGUGAACUCGUGCAGUGGGGCUGUCCCACGCCCAGCAGAGGCUUCUAGCCCCCUGUGUAUAAGUAAAGACAUUUUUCUUGCUGUACUUGCUUGAGCAGUUUUAUUGUCUGUACAUGUGAGCUGUGUGAGAUAGAUGUGAAAAGUUUAAAUGAAUGCAUUUUCCUGCCCCAUGUAUACAGAUCGUCAUCUGUACAAUGAACUAUGUAUGAAAGCAAAUGUACUUAUUUAUAAAUGGUUAACACUUGGAAAAACCGUGGCCAUUGUGGUGCUUUUCUUCAGUAACAAUACCUCUCCAGGAAGCUGCACCUCCAGCUCAGCCCUCACUGAGGCCUGCAGUGCUGUGGAAGCCUCCUCCCAGGGAAGAAUUUGGCAGGUUAAGGUCAAAUUCUAGAUGAUUGGGCUGGUCUCUCAUGGGACAUCCAGAGUCACCCCUUCAUGCAUUUAUUCACCGAGGAGGUCAUUGAGCACCCCCUUGGGGUUAGACACUGUAAUAGGCACUCUGUGUGGACAAGAAGACAUUGUUCUUAAGGCCUAUCAGCAAAGGUUCACUGCAUUCACUGACAGAGGGAGGCUUUUUCUUCAAGUGGAAGAUUUUCUUUCUUCAGUCAUGCUAAGGAAGCACUGACCUCUCCUGGUUUCAUUUUGAUAGUCAAAGGUACAGCUCAAUCCAGCCACUUUACCAAAAUCCAAGACUGAAGUGGGCAACAGUCCUAGCUGUAGAUCCAAAAGCCGGCUUUGUCAAAGCUGGAGGCCCACUGCUUCCGGUGACUUUAUUUUUCCUUCAGAAAUCUGGCCAGCAUUUCUAAUCCUCACCAUAAAGAGGACUGCAGGUUUCCUGAAACUGGCUGGAGAGUCAGUACCUUACAAAAAGUGGCCGGCACUGAGCCCUGUAGCUUUUCCUGCCCAACGGCUGCCUCUUUGUCUGCUUCAGGGACAAGCAAGGAAGGAGACCAUUUCCACUAGAUAUCAGAUUGUGCUAAACAAACAUCCCUGCUCUGUAAGUACAGCCAUUUCCCCAAACAGCUGAAGCUGGACACGCAGGAAGACCCCAAGGCCUGUGUAGUCAUCCCAGCCAGGUCGCCAGGACUGCCUUCUGAGAAGCAGGGAGGACUCGGGGAGGAGGGAGGAUUGGUCACUCAGUCUGAAAACCAUUCCUAGGCUGUUCAGUUAUUAAAAUUCAAAAAUGGGUAAUUGGUUGGCAGGAACCCCAGCUGUUUCCUUUAAGGAUGCCUGGGACAUUUGGAAAGAGAAAGGUAAUGAUUCCUAAAAAAGCUAAUUCUUAAAAGGAAUCUGCCCUGAACGUAAAUAAAAAGCCACUCAGAGUAGAAGCAAAGCACGAACUAGCAGAAGGUAGAUUCUCAGAAGUAGUAAACCAGAUGCCCUUACCCCUUGUUUUCAUUCUUUUACAGUAACUCUUCGGACUUAGAUGUGCCAUUGUGCGAAUAUGCCCAUGGGGAGCUAGACUCCCCUUGGGAAUGAACACACAGGCAGAAACCAAUGAGGGGGUGCAGUGUCAUCUUUCAGCUUUAAAAAAAAAAAGGCGGAGGAGUAUGGAGAGACUUGGCAACUCUGUCAUUCCAGUCCCAGGAAUAGGAUAGAGCAUUCGUAAACGGCCCUGUGAUAAAAAGGGAGGUCCCUUAUAGGAUGGUGCUCAGAGGCUGCUCUCCGAGGCCAUUCUCCUGAGAUGCCCGUUAUGUUCCAUUAGUUUUGUAUAGAGGAGGAAGUGAAGGAGUAGCCCCCCACAGGGGAGGUCAUCAUCCUCCUCAGGGAGGAUCUGAAUAUUCACAAACAGCAAAGUGACCCAUGAGAUUUUGAGACUAAAGCCAGAAGUGAGAUGGCACAUUAACAGGGUCAAGAGCCCUCUGCCCGAUAUUGACUGAGAAGUCAGCUGGUGACGUGUGUCAAGCCAUGCCCUGUGAGGUCCACAGAGAAGCCUUGAUUCAGGAAACUCUACGGAUGCCUUAAGGAUAGGCCUCAUGCACUUGUUCAUACACACUAGACGCCAGACACAAUACAGAAAACAGCUUAAAGAAACGUUAGGAACCAAGUAGUCUUGUUACAAAACACUUAUUUACCUCAUGAGGGGAUUUGUCGUAGGAUUCCUUUAAAUCAUAAGCUCCCUGGUAAAUUUUUAAGUUGUUUUAGGCAGGGCUUUGAACUGGUUCCCUCUGAUUUGAACCCCUGCUGAGAAUUUGCAU